UCAACCAUCAACAGCUUCAACAGAGCAAUAACAACCUCUCUCCACUCCAUCUAAAUCACCACUCAAUUUUUCGAGUAUAAUACUCUUAUUAAUUCCUUGACUUGAUCCAACUCAACUACCACUUUCUACAAAAAAAAAAAUCAACCCAAUCAAUCAACAUGUCUCCCAUCGUUGCUCGAUCUGCCGCCCGCGCUUUUCAGACUCGCCAGUUCUCUCUUCUUACUGCGAUGCGAAAUGCCGGCCGAGCCAUGGAGUCUCAUCCCUUUGAGCGUCUUCCCAUCACUCAGAAGCCUGCUUCUCCUGAUUACGCCAAGAUGUUCAAGCGAGUUGGCAGCCAGGCUCUCUUCUUCUUCCCCGGCUUCGCUGUCAUCCUUGGCUGGCCUUGGGCUGCCCAGUAUGCCUUUGACGGUAAACUGUAAAGGAUAAACCAACAACAUUCUCUGAUCUUUUGGAUCAACUUCGAACGAGCAAGACCUGACGGUAUCGCUUCUCGAUAACGGCAUUUAUACAUGGCUAUUUGAAUAUUGGGACCGAUUGGGACAAUAUACAGUCACUUGUAUAUAGCAUUGGAAGGCGUUGGGGUGCAUUUUGAAUAGGAGGGUGUCUAGAGCAUUCGACCUACGACUACAUAUGAUACAUUUCUUAGACAUACCAUAAUUCCAUAUGUUCAACAAACAUCAAGUUCAUUCA